AUGGAGUCAUCUAAUCAACAUGAUUACUUGUUAAACUCAUCGAUCGAUCAAGAAGUUGACCAGCAAGAGCUAGAACAAGAACAAGAACAAGAACAAGAGUACUACAUGGGAGGUGUUGGCAAAUCUUAUGAGUGUGUUUAUUGCAAAGGAGGAUUCAACACAGCUCAAGCUUUAGGUGGUCAUAUGAAUAUUCAUAGGAAAGACAAAUUAUCCAGUAGUAGGAACAAACCUAAUACUACUACUCACAAUUUGCUCACCUCCACUACUACUAAAAAGCAUGAAAUCCACAAUAACUUAUCAUCAGGUGCUAAUCUUAGAUGUUACAAUGUGGCAGAGUUACAAUCAAAUUAUGUAACAUAUUCUGCAGCAUCUACAUCUACCUCCACAAAUGGACAUGAGAUUUUUUUGAAUCAAAAUAGAAGUAUUAAUAGUUCUCAUGAUGAUCAUCACAAUAUUCAAUGCCUUAAUUUAUUUGGAGAUGAUUGGGGAUUUCAAUAUUUUGGUACUGCAGCUACACAUGACGAUCAUGUGAUAGAAACUAUGGAUCAAAAGAAGAGUCAAGAAAAUGAUUUGGAUUUGGAACUUCGACUUGGUCAUGAUCCUUUGAAACAAUAG